AUCACAAUGAGGACCGAUACGAAAAUUUUGAAACGACAGUACUACUCUACUUUCCUCUUCACUGUAGCCGUUUUCAUUUUUGUUUUUCUUUAGCCGUCGUCUCUGUCUUUACCUCCGGCGAUGGAGGAGUACGGAGAAGAAUGUAGAAACUGGGCGGAGCUUCCGCCGGAAAUUACGUCAUCGAUCCUUGUGCGGCUUGGCGCGAUCGAGAUACUCGAAAACGCCCAAAAAGUAUGCAAAUCGUGGCGUCGCGUUUGUAAAGAUCCGUCGAUGUGGCGGAAGAUUGACAUAGACAACCGCGGAGACUUGGCAAGCUUCAAGUACGACCUCUUUUACAUGUGCUGCCACGCAGUUGAUCGUAGUCAGGGCGGUUUGGUUGAGAUCGAUCUUUGGUACUUCGGUACUAAUAGGCUCCUCGGUUACAUCGCCGAUAGUUCAAGUAAUCUGAGAACCCUUAGACUUGUAAGAUGCCGUCAGAUAACAGAUAAGGGAGUUGCUAAAGCAGUUGCGAAACUUCCAUUGCUUGAAGACCUCGAGAUUUCAUACUGCUAUUUUUCAGGAGAGCGUCUGAGUGAUAUAGGCAAGUCAUGUCAACAUCUGAAGACAUUGAAGCUAAACCGCCGUCCUCGCGUAGAGUUUGCUCUAAAUAUGCGUGAUCAUAAUGCCAUAGCAAUUGCGGAAAGCAUGCCUGAGCUACGCCACCUCCAGCUUUUAGGGAACGCGCUGACCAACGCGGGCUUGAACGCCAUUCUUGACGGCUGUCCUCAUCUGGAACAUCUUGAUUUACGCCAGUGUUCCAACAUUCACCUUGUAGGGGAUCUCGAGAAGCGUUGUUUGGAGAAGGUCAAAGUUUUGAGACGCCCCAACGACUCAACAGCUGAUUACCCAUAUGAUACCAGUGUACUCGAUACGGAUUCAUAUGAUGGAAUACCCUGUGUACUUGACCAUUAUGUCAUUAUGGGCGGCAAUGGCCUUAUGUUCCGCGAUGACCUUAUGGCCGGCUUUGACCUAAUCGGCGGCUAUAACAAUAACAUUAUGUGCGGCUAUGACUCAGAUACUACUUCCUCCUCUUCGUCGUCGUCCACUUCUGUUUCUACACUGAUAAAUGACGAAGAGCUUGGAAACUGGGCGGAACUUCCACCAGAACUGAUAUCAUCGAUCCUUGGCCGGCUUACCUCCAUUGAUAUACUGGAAAAUGCUCAGAAGGUGUGCAGAUCUUGGCGUCAAGUCUGUAAAGACCCCUCGAUGUGGCGCAAGAUUGACAUGGACAACCUCGGAGACUUGGGAGCCAUGGGGUACGACCUUGAGAUCAUGUGUCGUCAUUCACCAAUGAUUGACUUCAGGAUCUUUGUGUGCUAUAAAAAAUUUCUUUUGCAUCUUUGUCGUUCUUCUUCUCUAUCUUUGAUUAUGUUUAUAACCUUUCUACUAACAAUUAUUUGCAGGUCGAGUAAUCUGAGAAUCCUUAGACUUAUAAUGUGCUAUCCAAUAGCAGACGAGGGAUUUAUCGAAGCAAUUGUGAAACUUCCAUUGAUUGAAUACCUCGAGCUUUCACACUGCUCCUUGUCAGGAGAGUCUCUGAGAGUUGUUGGCAAGUCUUGUCCAAAUCUGAGGACAUUGAAGCUAAACUCCAAGCCUGAUCCCAAUUUCAAUGAUGAUGAGUUUAACAAUGACGAUGCUCUAGCAAUCGCAGAAAGCAUGCCUGAACUACGUCAUCUCCAGCUGUUCGGGAACAUAUUAACCAAUGUGGGCUUGAACGCCAUUCUUGACGGUUGUCCUCACCUGGAACACCUUGAUCUACGCAAGUGUUUCAACGUUGACCUUACCGGGAAUCUAGGGAAGCGAUGUUCUGAGAGGAUCAAAGAUUUGAGACGCCCCAAUGACUCAACUGCUGGUCACCCAUAUGGUGGUACCUCUAUAGUUGAUGCCCCCCGCUAUGAUCCCAGCGACUAUUAUUGUUUCAGGAUCCUUGUUAUUUCCUUUCGAACUCUUUUUGAGCGCGUGAUUGCAGUACGGAUGAGUAUAAUUAUGGGCCUAGGCCCAAGAUUUAAGUAGGCUUGGUCCAAAUGAGUUUCGUAAUAAUGUGAUACCAUGAGGACCUAGUUGUAAAAUUAAAGAGACGGAUGAAACCUUUUUUACUUCA